UUUCCUCCCGCGCCCUCCCCUCUCCUUUCUCCCUCUCAGAACCUUCCUGCCGCCGUGUUCGGACCUCGCUGCUCCAGCCUCCGGGGCCCGUCCCAUCCUUCCAGCCUGCGACCGGGAGCAGAGAAAAACAAAAUUACUUAUCAUUUUCUUGCCCCGUACACACCUUGAGGCGAGCAAAAAGAUUAGAAUAAAUUUUAACAAUGAGGGAAAUCGUGCAUAUCCAGGCCGGUCAGUGUGGCAACCAGAUCGGUGCCAAGUUCUGGGAGGUGAUCAGUGAUGAACAUGGCAUCGACCCCACCGGCACCUAUCAUGGGGACAGCGACCUGCAGCUGGACCGCAUCUCCGUGUACUACAAUGAAGCCACAGGUGGCAAAUAUGUUCCUCGUGCUAUCUUGGUGGAUCUAGAACCUGGGACUAUGGACUCUGUUCGCUCAGGUCCUUUCGGUCAGAUCUUCAGACCAGACAACUUUGUUUUUGGUCAGUCUGGGGCAGGCAACAACUGGGCCAAGGGCCACUAUACAGAAGGGGCUGAGCUGGUUGACUCAGUCCUGGAUGUGGUUCGGAAGGAGGCUGAGAGCUGUGACUGCCUUCAGGGCUUCCAGCUGACCCACUCGCUGGGCGGUGGCACAGGCUCUGGAAUGGGCACUUUGCUCAUCAGCAAGAUCCGUGAAGAAUAUCCCGACCGCAUCAUGAAUACCUUCAGUGUCGUGCCCUCACCCAAAGUGUCUGACACCGUGGUUGAGCCCUACAACGCCACCCUCUCUGUCCAUCAGUUGGUGGAGAACACUGAUGAGACCUACUGCAUCGACAAUGAGGCCCUUUACGACAUCUGCUUCCGCACUCUCAAGCUGACCACGCCAACCUAUGGGGACCUGAACCACCUUGUCUCUGCCACCAUGAGUGGUGUCACCACCUGCCUCCGCUUCCCUGGCCAGCUCAAUGCUGACCUCCGCAAGCUGGCAGUCAAUAUGGUGCCCUUCCCACGUCUCCACUUCUUCAUGCCCGGCUUUGCCCCUCUGACCAGCCGUGGAAGCCAGCAGUACCGGGCCCUCACUGUGCCUGAGCUCACCCAGCAGGUCUUCGAUGCCAAGAACAUGAUGGCUGCCUGUGACCCCCGCCAUGGCCGGUACCUCACUGUGGCUGCUGUCUUCCGUGGGCGCAUGUCCAUGAAGGAGGUGGAUGAGCAGAUGCUCAACGUGCAGAACAAGAAUAGCAGCUACUUCGUAGAAUGGAUCCCCAACAAUGUCAAGACGGCUGUCUGCGAUAUCCCUCCCCGUGGCCUCAAGAUGGCGGUCACCUUCAUCGGCAACAGCACGGCCAUCCAGGAGCUAUUCAAGCGCAUCUCAGAGCAGUUCACUGCCAUGUUCCGCCGAAAGGCCUUCCUCCACUGGUACACAGGUGAGGGCAUGGACGAGAUGGAGUUCACUGAGGCUGAGAGCAACAUGAAUGACCUCGUCUCUGAGUACCAGCAGUACCAGGAUGCCACCGCAGAAGAGGAGGAGGAUUUCGGUGAGGAGGCCGAAGAGGAGGCCUAAGGCCGAGCCCCAUCACCUCAGGCUUCUCAGCCCCCUCAGCCUUCUUCAACUGCCCCUUUCCUCUCCCUCAGAAUUUGCGUUUUCUGCCUCUUGUUUUUCUUUGGGGGGGGGGUCUAUCUAGAACAGUGCCUGGCACAUAAUAGGCGCUCAAUAAAUAUUUGUUGUUUGUUGAAUGUCUCCUCUCUCUUUCCACUCUGGGGAACCUAGAUUUCUGCCAUUCUGGGUAACCCUGUGUUUCCUUCUGGUGCCCACUUCCUCCCAUCUGCCCAGUAAACAUUUCCCUGUUUUUGAGAUAAUGCUUCAAGAAGCUGGGUUCCAACCAAAUCCCAUUUAGAACCUGAUAGAUGACCACCAUCCUAGGCCUGAGAAGUAGCCCGGGGGAAAGGAGAUGCAGGAACCUCCCCUGUCCCUGCAAGGAAAGGGUGGGGCUUUGGAGAGGGGCCUCCAGGCUGUUGAAGUCCUAAUUUCCAUUUAUCUCCCUACUCCUCUCAGCUUCUGGGGGGGUGUUAACAGUAUUAUCUCCAUUUUCAGUCUCCCUCCAAGCUCUGUCCUGAGUUGUUUGCUUGGUAGGAGUCUGGCCCCGACCCUGUCCAGAGGAAUCCUUCUUCCCCUUUACCUCCUUGGAUUCCUCUCCUCUGUUCAGAAAAGGGUCAAGGGGAGCAAGGGAGAGAUGAGCCAUGUCCCUAAGCCUAUCUUUUUACACGAAAAAAUGAAUAUAAGCCCUUCUGUACAUACAUGGACAGGUGUGUGCUGUCACCCUAAUGUCAUUUGCCAGAGAGGGGACAACAUCUUUUCGGCAACAUCUCAUCUCUUAACUUUUUUGCUAUUGCCUUUCCCCCCUACUCUUGGUUUUGUUCUAUUCUACACUUCUAUUUUGUGUUGAACUUGCUUUUUUUCAUAUUGAAAAGAUGACUGCCCCAAGAGCCAAAAAUAAAUGGGAAUUGAAAAACA